UUGGCGGUAAUCACUGUUUAGAGAUGGCGUUCAUCGAAUAAAAGUAGGUGUUAUGUAUGUACAGUGAAGGCUCUUUUACGAAAAUUAUAUUUACAGUUAUUUGGUGUUUAUCAAGUUUGAUACAUUCUUUUCUACUGAAUUAGUUAUACAUAAAAUUAUUGUAAGUAAAUAUGGAUCAAGAAGGUUGUUCAGUGACAUGCUCUGUAACAAUUGAAUGGAUUGACUCACGAGGUUCGAUCCUGAGAAAAGUAAAUCAUCGAACAGCGUCCUUACGCUUGAUUCGAAAUAAUCCUCAUGAAAUAUUUGUCGAAGUACGUCCAGAUAAAUCAAAUCUCAUAACAAAGUUUUUACUGAAAUCUGUAAAUAUUUUUAACAAGUUUAUGAACGAAGGAAAAGCUUCAAUCAAAUUCAAUAACGAAAAUUGUACGCUAUUUUUGUCAAAUGCGCCAACGGCUCAGCUAGUUAAUUUCCUAAAGACAAUAUAUGUCAAGAUCACAGGCCAAUCGGAAGAAAUAAAAAAACAUCCAUUAAAGGAAAAGCUACCUUUUAAUAAACAAUUCAAUAGUUAUCAAGAAGUUAGCCCCAUAACCAGUACUGACAUAAAAAAGGUCAACGAGAAAAUUGGUAUUAAGAGGAAACUCUCGGAUACAGAUGCAUCUAAACCUAAUUGCGCGAAGAAACUUUAUGACAAUUCAACGAUACAAUUGACGGAGGAACAGAAGAGAAUCGUAGAUGCAGUACUUAGCGGUAAAAAUGUAUUUUUUACUGGUGGUGCUGGUACAGGAAAAUCGUUUCUAUUGAAAAAGAUAAUCGAAGCUCUUCCACCUGACGUUACGAUGGCUACAGCAAGUACGGGCGUAGCGGCAUGUCAUAUCGGCGGAGUUACUUUACACCAGUUCGCCGGAAUCGGAUUGGGAACAGCAAAUUUAGAUAGAUGCUAUCAAAUGGCUGCUCGUAGCUCUGCUUCUAUCUGGAGAAAAAUAAAAUACUUGAUAUUAGACGAAAUUUCCAUGAUUGAUGCAGAUUAUUUUGAUAAAAUUGAAGCUGUUGCUAGAUAUAUUCGUAAAAAUGAAAGACCAUUCGGCGGAAUUCAACUAAUUUUAUGUGGAGACUUUUUUCAGUUACCUCCUAUCUCAAAACUAGAUAAACAGACAAAAUUUUGUUUUCAAAGUAACUCAUGGGAGAAAUGCGUGCACUUCAAUUUUGAAUUACAAACAGUUCAUAGACAAAAAGACCCUGAAUUUAUAAAGAUUUUAAAUAAUAUCAGAAUUGGUAGAGUUACAGAUAGUAUUACAAAUACUCUUAAGGCAACAGCUAAACAAAAGAUAGAGGGAAAUGGAAUUCUAGCAACAACACUUUGUUCUCAUGUGAAGGAAGCUGAAGAAAUUAAUGAAUUUCAGCUAAAUGAGUUAAAAGGUGAAUCCAAAGUUUAUGUGGCUCAGGACUCUGACCAAUCAAUGGUUACAACAUUAAAUAAACAGCUAACUGUCCCUAAUAAAUUAAUACUGAAAGUAGGUGCACAAGUAAUGUUAUUAAAAAACAUAAAUGUAUCUAAAGGUUUGGUAAAUGGAGCAAGAGGUGUAGUCACUGAGUUUGUAGAUAACAUGCCAGUAGUUAAAUUUAAAUCAGGCAUCCAAUAUCACACAAAAAUAGAAAAAUGGAAUUUAAAAACGAACAGUGGUAGCGUUAUUUUCAGAAAACAAGUCCCAUUGAAAUUAGCAUGGGCUUUUUCUAUUCAUAAAAGUCAGGGUUUAACUUUGGAUUGCGUAGAAAUGUGCCUUGCCAGAGUAUUUAACGCCGGGCAAUCGUACGUAGCACUUUCUAGGGCACAAAGCUUGCAGUCUUUAAGAGUCUUAGACUUUGAAAGUCAACAAGUAUGGGCACAUCCAGAUGUCCUUGUGUUUUAUAAAAAAUUUAGAAGAAAUCUGCAAGAAAUGGAAAUGAUUCCUCUAGGAAAAAAACAAAAAAUAUAAUUUCUAUCUAUAAAAAUGAUUUUGAAAUUCAGAUAAAGAUAAAUAUAUUUAGUAUUAAAUGAAUGUAAAAUAAUUUUUUAUAACGGAAUAAACUGACCCUUGACUACGUAAACAUUUUCGCGUAAAAUACUUUGUUUUUUGUUUUUGGAAGAAAAAUACAAAUACAAAUCACUUUUAUCCACCGGUAGUUUAGGUGAUAAGUAAAAAUUGGAACACAAGUUUUUUUGGUAGUUUAUUAUAAAGAGUAAAAGUUUUAAUUACUAAAUUACGUCACAUAUAAUUAUCGUAACAAAGGAUAGACGUAUUUAUUUUUCUUCAUUUUUACAAAUAUUACAUAGUCGCACACAAAAUAUCUUCAUGUGUGUUAAUAAUCAUCAACGGUUAUUUCAAUUGGUGGUAUAUAACGCCACGUAUGUCCAGCAUUUAUCAAUUCCGAACAAAGUACCGGCGUGUUCGGGGCUGAUUCUUUACUGCUACAUCGAAUAUCUAUUUUGUAUUGUCCUGCUGUGAAGAACACUACGCGACACUCGUGAUAAAUUCUUCCAUAUUCCUGUAACUAAAAAAGAAACACUUAUAGAGACAACAUGAAAUGCACAUGGCGAUUCACUUUGUGACUACAGCAACUUACUGAUGGAAGCAUAACUUUGUUUGCACCAGCGAUCGAUAAUCUCGUCUCUAAUUGAUAAUUGUUUACACCGUUAUGAUGAUCUUGAUAAAAAUUAAUAGAUAACACGAGAUCACUCAAGGGAUGCUCCAAGGCAUUGCAUAUCCCUAUUCCAAGGCUAACGCAUUCACCUAAACUACAAGAUAUAAUGAGGGGUUAAAGGAAAAAAUCGGUACGAUAACCAUUUAAACGUACCCCAUUGCAAAGGACUCAUCCUAACAAGAUCUAACAUAUCUUGGGUGAGAGUAAUUCCCGAAAGGGUCGCUUUGCCAAUCGACUCUGUGCCUAAUAAUUGCCAGCGUAAAUCAACUAACGAAGCAAUGUGUUCAGAACAGACUUUCUGAAGUUCUCCGAUAUCACCAGCCCCGUUUAACUACCAAUAAAAUAUGAACAGGAAUGUUUA